ACAGGAAGGCGACUGUGUUGUCCUGAUUAACACGACUCUUUGUGGCUUCCUGUCUUUGAUCAGUUUAAAGGUUGUUUUAGAAAGAAACGUCCAUUCCAUUUGCCCAGUUGGAUGUCACUUCCUUCCUUCCUCAGUCACUCUCCAGCAUAAAUCUGAAUCUGGUGUGAGUUGUGCUUCAGUUUGUGUGGAGUGAGUAGAAAGAACGGCGUUUCUGUGAAACCGACUCAAGAAGUUCUUCAUCCUGCCUCAUCAUGCCCUCUAACCAUCCGUCAUCUUCACAUCUGAUCCGAAACUCGUCGGCCAUGUUGGGAGUCAGUACAACAAAAGGCACACACACAGACCCUCCCUACAUCUUCACCACCUCGGCUGUUACUAAUGCCAGUGCCAACGUUUUUGCCGACUUCUUUGACAACCUGCUGAAUCACAUUCCCUUGCCACGAUGGGCAAUAUUUGUCAUCCUCGCAGCCGGCGGCCUGCUGAUUUUGCUCUGUUGUCUGUGCAUCUGCAUCAAGUGCUGCUGCAGAGGGAAAAAGAAGAAACGACAGCGAGAAGAACUGAUCAGUUUGAAAGGGGUGGAUGGGAAAACCAUCACAACUCUGGUUCAGCCAGAUGUGGGAGACGUGGACUACGGCGUGAUCAAACACUACCGAGGAAAGCUGCUUUACUCUCUGGAUUACAAUGCCACGUUGUCUGAGCUCACAGUAGGGAUCAAACAAGCAAACAGCUUGAAGGCCAUGGACCUGGGAGGCAGCUCUGACCCGUAUGUCAAAGUCUACAUCCUCCCUGAGAAGUCCAAAACCUAUGAGACCAAAGUUUUCAAAAACACUCUGAACCCUGUUUUCAACGAGCUUUUCACAUUCCAGCUAUCCAAAUCCACCCUUCUGAAGUCAACAGCAGUGAUGAAGGUGUUCGACUUCAACCGCUUCACCAAACAUGAAAUCAUUGGUGAGCUACGGGUGCAGCUCUGCAAUGUUGAUUGGAACCAUGUCAUUGAAGAGUGGCAGGACCUGACUGAACCCACCAAGUUCGAGGAGGAAAACCUGGGGGAAGUCUGCUUUUCUCUGCGUUACGUUCCAACUGCCAGCAAACUUACUGUCGUAAUUCUGGAGGCAAAAAACCUGAAGAGCAUGGACUAUGGAGGAAGCUCAGAUCCAUUUGUGAAGGUGCAGCUGGCGCUGGACAAGAGGAAGUGGAAGAAAAGAAAGACGUCAAUUAAAAAGAAAACUUUAAACCCCUAUUUUAACGAGUCCUUCAGCUUUGAUGUGACAUUCGAUCAAAUACAGAGGGUGAACCUGGUAAUCUCAGUGUGGGAUCACGACGCCAUGACCAGGAAUGAUGCCAUGGGGAAGAUUUUUUUGGGCUGCGAUGCCACAGGGAAUCAACUGAGGCACUGGGCUGACAUGUUGUCCAACCCACGGCGGCCGGUGGCUCAGUGGCACAGCCUGUUAUCAGCCGAGCAAGUCAACUCUACGCUGGCCCUGAAGAAGAAGAUCCCCAUCCCCAGCAAGCUGAAGGAAAACCCACUGUUUGAUAAACAUUUUAAAUAGAGUUAAAAGUGAACAAUGUUUGUAUAAAGCUGAUUUUAUAUACAUAUUUUAUAUCCAUCUGACCUCCCUAGGGCGGCUGUGGCUACAUAGUAGCUUACCAUCACCGGCAGUGUGUGAAUGUGUACGAAUAAUGGAAAGCACUUUGGGUUUCUUAAACAGCGCUAUAUAAAUCCAAACCAUUAUUAUUAUUAUUAUUAUUAUUAUUAUUAUUAUUAUUAUAUAACAUAAUUAUAAUAAUUUAAUGUGAUAUUAGAGAACUUAAAGGGAUAUUCAACAUGUUUCCCGGAGUUAAAUAAGGGAAAAUUUUUUUUUUAACCAGCCCAGUCAUGCUCCUGACCUGGCUGUACUCCUUUAGCUUUAGCUUAGCAUAAAACACAGUAAGUGAAUGGGUCCAACUAGCAUUGUGAGUAAAAAUGUGUUUAAAAUCA